CAUCCCCUCUCCAGAAAACAUACCUCCAUUUCUGGACGGAUCGAUCCAACGUGCUUCAUUGUUAUACAUCGCUCACUAUUGAUGUAUAACACAAACAAACUGACUGAUGAUUAGGCCAAGCCACUGACGUUUGAUCUGCGAACAGGGAACCGCAUCGGGGACUUGGAAAGCCUUGUUCUAGUCUCGCCGAAAGGUGGAUUCUGCAAUGGCACAUCACCAAACAGUUGGUCUGAGUCCCGAAACAAAUAUGGUCACUAGCUUCCUUUUCCCAUGUUCGAUAUAGAGAGGCUCCCGACCACGUUGUAUCCAUCCUGGCAACGGCACCUCCCGCACGCGAUCUCCACGAACCGCAAGUCAAGAUGUCUACAACCUCCCGCGAGGGCAUGAUCGCAUGCUGUACAGUUUUACCUGUGCUUGGUAUCACAGUCGUUGGGCUCCGAGCCUAUGUCCGAGUGUACAAGCAGAAAGUUGAUUUGGCAUUCGACGACUAUGUUCAGCCAGUCAUUUUGGCUUUAUACAUUGGCAUGUGUAUUGCAGGACUGAUAGGAGUCUCAAACAAAGCCUUGGGCUAUCCAAGUCCCGUCGGACCAAUCGAGUAUACUGCGCCCUCUACAAUCCUCUGCAUGAAGCUGCUCUAUGCCAUUCAAAUGAUUCAGAUUCCAGCUUUAGGUCUUGUAAAAAUUGCCGCCCUCUGUUUUUACAGACGCAUGUUCUGUGUGCACCGGAAAGGCUCCUUGGUCGUAAUCAUUUGGACACUGAUAUAUGCCACAAUACUCUGGAUGAUCGGAUGUGUCAUAUCAUACGCUCUGGGCUGUGGCACGCACCCGACCGCUGCUUGGGGUGGUAACAUCCCCUUUGCAACGUACUGCAAGGACAUUACCUUGCGCUGGGAAGUAGGUUUCUCAGUGACGGACUUUGUGCUGGACACAUUGGUCUUGGUUGUGCCUUUGCCAUCUAUAUGGUCUCUCAGAACGACAUUCGGUCGCAAACUCGGAAUAACCUGCGUGCUCAUGCUCGCCCUUGUCGGCUACGGCGCCUCCAUUGCACGCAUGGCGGUUUUCAUCCGGCUCGCAACUGGUGUGAUGGGUGCCAGCGCAAUCGAUAUCCAGUCGUCUGACACUCAAGCCAUAUGGUUCUCCCAGCUCGAAACCGGGCUUGCGCUUAUUGCAGUAAAUCUCCCUACGUUGUGGAAACUGGUGUCGGACUUCACAUCUUCGAGCAUGUAUCACAGUCUCAGGAGUCUGAUCCGAAGCUCGGAUGAGAGUAAGGGGAGUGUAGUCGAUGUCAAGUUCGGGAGGCCGGAGGGACGAGAGUCGGAGAAGAGCUUUGAUACGUCAAGUAGUGCAAGUCACGAGAGAGGCGGGAUCAGGAAAACAGUGGAAUAUGAUGUUGUGUAGGAAUGAAUUAGAAAG